GUUCUGUAUUUUUUUCUCAUCAAAGAAAUACGCUAAACAAGAAGAAAACAUAUUUUUAGUGUGUCAACCAAUCUCCAAUUAUGACUACAGGUUAGUGAUUCUAGUCAAAAAAUAUUUUCAGAUUAGAAUUUAUGACUACGUAGUAGUGAUUCUAGUAAAAAAUAUUGUGGGAUUAGAAUUUACAGUAAUUACGUGGAUGAGUUGUUACAUGUCAUCCUUCAUAGCUCACACCCAAAUGCUCCGCGUCUCUUUGUUGAAGGCCAGUGUCGUCCCCGCGUGGAAGUUUAAGUGUGAGAAUCUUAGUUUCCGGUUGAGUGAAGAGAGGCGGGCGCUCCAAUUAGGGAUAAAUCUCGAUAAGUCUUUGCGUUGCGGAUGCCAUAAGGACGUGGAGUUGGAGGCGGAGAUAAUGAAUUUCAUGGUGAAGUCGGAGAAACCAUCGAUGUUCCCAACGAAGGAGGAGUUGGUGAGAGCUGGAAGAUUUGAUUUGGUGAUAGCUAUAAAGAAGAGAGGCGGCUGGUAUUCUCUUGGUUGGGACUUCGAAAAUGUGGGAAACGAUGCGGAGGAAAUAACGGAUUCUGAUAUUGCGGACUUCCAGAGGAGAAUUGAGAGUUGUCGUUCCUCGAGUUUCUCUCAUGAGGGUAUCGUGAGCUCUAGUCCUCAAAAUUUGGAUUCGCUUCAGCUGGCUGCUUCAUCUUCAUUGGAUUCAUGUUCAUCACAACAACUUGCUGCUGAUGAAGACUCUGGGAUCGAUGGUAUAUUGAGUAGAUUGGAGAAGCAAAGGAACAGUGAUUUCUCGGAAAAGUUAGGGAGAAAUGGAUAUGAAGCUCAAUCCAAAAGUAUAGAUGAGGGAGAUGACAGGCAUUCUGAUACCCCCUUAGGUUUCGGCGGGACUGAUUUUGAAGAAAACAGCAGACUAAUGCCUUCUUACCACCCCAAUGGCACGUUGGAUUCACCUUGUGACAACAUUACACAUUCUACUGAACCAGAAACUUGGAGAAGUUGGAUGAACAGACGAGCAGGGUUCUCACUUGCCGAGUUUGAAGCUGCAGAGAUUUCUUUGAAAAAAACUCCUGUUGAUACUAAUAAAGAGAGCUAUCAUGAUGGAAUAACUGUAACCACUAAGGAAUAUGCUGAAGAUUUGGACAAAGAGAUCAUCAAUUACAAUGAAAUACGAACUCGGCUUCGGCGACUAGAAUCUGAGCUCACAACAACUCUUUGCUCCAUUAGAUCUAAACGGGAGGAUAGUAUUUCAGAAGAGGUAACUGGAAGCUCGACCGAAUUGCAGUCUCUUUCUGAUGCAGUGGAGUUCCAAGAGAAUGAAGUCAUGAGUGCAAAGCAGCAACUAAGAUCACUAAGGGCAAAGCUGGCUGUAGUAGAGGGGAAAAUGACAUUAGCGAUAAUUGAAGCGCGAAAGAAAGUAGAACUGAAGCAUAAAAAGAAAGGUGAUUCCCGAAAAUCUUUGCAACUUCUUCGGACCACCAGCAUAGUGUGGCCUAAUUCAGCCGCAGAGGUUCUCUUGGCAGGCUCUUUUGAUGGAUGGAAAACUCAGAGAAGGAUGAGAAGAUCAAAGUCUGGCCUGUUUUCGAUAACCUUGAAGCUGUAUCCGGGCAGAUAUGAGAUCAAAUUCAUAGUUAAUGGACAAUGGAAACUCGAUCCUCUGCGCCCUACUGUCAACAACAAUGGACAUCAAAACAACCUUUUCAUCAUUACAUGAAUCUGUACAGAAUUUGUUUGCAUUGCAGGUAGAAAGAUACACCAAAAACCUGGUGUAUUGCUUGCUAUACUAAAGUAAGCUGUAGGAAAUUCGUAUCGAUUCUUUCUAGUGAUUCACCAUGAAUGAUUUUGCUGGUGCUUAUGCAUAACAAUACUAGAAUCAUCUUAACUUUUCAUAGUGAUGUUGCAUAUUCAUUUCUA